CCUUUUGGUUGUAAGAAAAGUAAACACCGGUUAGGCGAAAUCUCAAACAUUUUUAAACUUGCAGUUAGUGUGAUAAUUCCCCCAGCGUGUCUCCCGCUAAAUUGCGCAUAUUUCAUUUGGUGGUGUAGGAGUCUGCAGUGUUGGAUCCCGACGGCAACAGUGGGCAUUGCCGGAUUGAAGUUGGUGGAGCUGCGUUCCGUUCCAGAGAGAGUAGAGAGCGUCACAACCCACUCUGAAGAGCUGGAGUCUGUGCAGGAUACCCACCAGGUCCCAGCCCUUGACUCGUCGGGGAACGGCCAGAUCCGUCACCGAUCGCCGUCGGCCCUUGAGCUCCUGGAGGCACAACCGCUGCACAUUCCACUAGAUCAAAUGGAGAAGACACUCAAGCGCAACCGCGGCCAGCAUGACUCCCUCUCCGACAAGAUCGUCAGAUACCGUGGCGUCCUCCUCGUCAUCGCUCUCCCUCUCCUGCUUAUAACUUUCCUGCUCUUUCUAUCGCGAUCGCCUUCCGAUUCCGUUGGCUCUCUCAACCGCAAAUUCUCUCCCAACUUCGGAUCUAACAAGUACGCCGUCAUAUUUGACGCCGGCAGUUCUGGCAGUAGAGUGCACGUUUUCUGUUUUGACCAGAACCUCGAUCUCGUUCCUAUCGGCAAUAAUCUCGAACUUUUUCACCAGUUAAAACCAGGUUUGAGUGCUUAUCCAACUGAUCCUGAGGCUGCUGCAAACUCUAUUAAACCACUUCUUGAAAAGGCAGAGGCAGUAGUUCCUCAGCCUUUGCACCCCAACACCCCAGUCAGAGUUGGGGCAACUGCAGGUUUGAGACAAUUAGAAGGCGAUGCCCCUGAUAGGAUUCUGCAAGCAGUGAGGGAUUUUUUAAAGAGCAAAAGCAGCCUCAAAUCACAACCUGAUUGGGUUACUGUCCUGGAUGGAAGUCAGGAAGGUGCUUAUGAGUGGGUGACUAUUAACUAUCUCCUAGGCAAUUUGGGUAAAGAAUAUUCUGAAACUGUUGGUGUAGUUGACCUUGGUGGUGGAUCUGUGCAAAUGGCAUAUGCCAUCUCAGAGUCAGAUGCUCAAAAGGCACCAAAAUUAUCAGAUCCAGAAGAUAAAUAUGUGCAGGAAAUGUAUCUUAAGGGAAGGAAAUAUUACCUUUACGUUCACAGUUAUUUGCACUAUGGAUUACUAGCAGCUCGAGCUGAGAUUUUGAAGGUCACAGAAAACUCUGGCAAUCCUUGCAUCUUGGCAGGAUAUUCUGGGUCAUACAAGUACGGAGGGGCAAUUUACUCUGCAUCACCUUUGCCUUAUGGUUCAAACAUGAAGAGUUGCAGAGAUGUAUCUAUUAUGGCUCUUAAAGUCAAUGAGUCAAUUUGCACAUCCAUGAAAUGCACUUUUGGUGGAGUGUGGAAUGGCGGUGGAGGCGAUGGUCAGAGGAAUCUCUUUGUUGCUUCAUUCUUCUUUGACAGGGCUGCAGAGGUUGGCUUCAUUAAUGCAACUGCUGCUCCUGUUGCAAAAGUUCGCCCUGCUGAUUUUGAGAGUGCAGCUCGAGAUGCUUGUGAAACUGGACUUGAGGAUGCCAAAUCUAAAUAUACUAGUGUUAGUGCCGAUAACUUGCCGUACCUGUGCAUGGAUCUUGUUUAUCAGUUCACUCUGCUUGUAGAUGGCUUUGGGAUUGAUCCUCAGCAAGAGAUCACUUUGGUAAAACAAGUGGAAUACCAGAAUUCGUUUGUUGAGGCAGCAUGGCCAUUAGGCAGUGCCCUUGAAGUUGUAUCAUAAUUCAACUUCUAGAAGCCAAUUCUGUUCUGCUGGUCCUGGAAAGAAUAUCAAUUCCUGUAUGACUGGCAGUGAGUGAGACAAAGCAAAGAGAAGAGCUUUUUCUACUGUCUGUCUAUUUUCUAUAUUUUAUUUCUCUGGAGGCUCUGGCCAGAAGGGGAGCAUAGCAUUGCAUUGCAUUGAAGGUCCUAUCAAUAAUGAGAGCUUUCUUUUGUGGUUCUUCUGACUUUUGUUACAUGUGAAGAAUGAAUAGAUAUGUAUGCAUUCUUGUAAACCCAGAAAAAUUAAAGAUACAUACCCACUUUUUAUAUACAGAGAUUAUUCAUUCGAA